UCUAGGGAGGACUUCAUGAGCUAUAGUUCUUCCAUUAUGCCCUCCCCGACUCCUGUACAGUGUGUCUUACUCUACAUAGCCAUUGUUGUAACCUGCCUUCAAAAGGACGGCAUUUGUUUUCAAGAUUCUUUAAUCGAAAAAUCUAGAAAAACAUUUCAGCCAGGAAUUAACUGGACACAGACUUCAACGAACAUCGACGUAUCAAAUAGAGCAUGGCUUCCGAAGGAAUCCGAAAGUCCCGAAAUCAUGCGCUUGGAAGUAGAUCUAGAAGUUGGGUAUGAAGGACAUUUGAAUCCAACUUGUAAAAUGAAUUUAACCAAGUCCGCAUUUAGUUCGAAAAUUUCUGAAGAAGAUGUUCAAGAGGGAAUUACUUCCACUCCAACUAAACCAAAUACCUUUCCAUCACAUGGUAUUGUCAGAGAAUCGCGCCGACACAUGAGGCGAUCAAAUAGGACAGGCAACAGAAAGAAAAGAUUUGUACGCAUUGCUAUGUCAUCUGGGACACUGGAAGUUGAAAUAACCAGAAGAAGAAAGCGUCAAAUGUUAGAAACGGAAUCCGCACCGAAUAUAAGAAGAAAAUUUAAAACACACAGACAGCGCAAGGAAUCGUCUAUUCGGAAGUUUUCAAAAUUCUUUGAAAAUCGACGAGGAGGAAUAAAUCGUCGAUCAAGAAGAUAUCAGAGGAGAGAAAGAAAGAUUAAAUCUGCUCUUACCAAUACUGGGAGGGUUCCAACAAAAAUAAAGAAACAGACUAUUCGGCUCGACAGAAAAAAGUCUAUUACAGAAUACUUGGGACAAAUUGUGCGUCGUUUUAGAUAUAGCGUGGGACAAAAUGAGCGUCACUCACGAAAGAGCGUAAGACAAAGUGAGCGUCGCUCACGAAAAAGCGUGGGACGAAAUGAGCGUCGCUCACGAAAGAGCGUGGAACGCAAUGAGCGUCGCUCACGAAAAAGCGUGGGACGAUAUAUAUAUCGCUCAAGAAUCGGCAAAACGCGACGUUCAAAAAGCAACGUGGAACGUAUUGUGCAUCGUGCAAAUAACAACAUAAAUCGAAAUAAGCGUCAUUCAAGAAACAUCACUGGACGCUUUGUUCAACAUAUCAAAAACAGCUUUAGUCUAAAUUUGCGUCAUUUGAGAAGCAUCAAGGGGCGUCAAAUGCGUCGUUCAGGAAACGGAAUAAAUCGAAGUGUAACUAACUCAAGAAACACAAUGAGACGCACUGGGCAUCGUUCAAGAAGUAAUAUAAAUCGCAAUACGCAACGUACAAGAAACAGAAUUGGACGCGUCGUGCGUCAUAUCAAAAAUAGCAUGAGGCGUGUUGUGCGUCAUACAAGAGUAAUUUACAGAAGGGAUAUUGAGAACGAAAUAUUAUUUGUCGUUAGAAGAAGGAGAAAAAAUUUGUCCAGUAAAUCGAAAGCUCAAAAGAGCAUGUUAGAGAAGAGUAUGAAUGAUCGCAGAAAUACACAACUAGACUGCAAAGAUAGUCUGAAGAAUUUUCCACUAAAUAGAGGAAGAACACUGCCAAGACGUCGCUUCUCCAGAGUGCAGAGGUAUUGCCUUGGUCUGCAUUCAAGUUCAGCAUGUUCAGUCAGAAAAGUUAAAGCUUUCCGCAACCACCCGCUUAAUUCGACGCAAAACGGCGAGAAAUGUCAUCCGCGAAUAAAACAAAUAGCGAAGACACGGCGUGGGACUCCAUCAUAUAGAGUACAAAAAGGGUCGAAUAGUUUCAACACCUUUGAGUCAUUUUCACCAGGAAUUGCAGUAAAAAGCACCGAGCUAUUUGAAGAAGAUAAUGAGAGCUGCAUGUUUGGACCAUUGGAUGCAUUUUAUAAAUUAGCCAACAAGAUAAAACGUUUCGGGACUAGAAUUAAAGGAAGGACACCAGACAGAAGUGAAUUGUUUGCCAAAAGCAACAAACAUAUACUUGGAAUUCUGGGAUUGGCGCUUUGGAUGACGUCACGACAAACUUCCGCUUGAAAAAGUAUUCCUGACAGCUUUUAUCACGUAACAGACUUUUUGAAUGCAGUCUCAAGUUAUAAUGAAUAAAACUAUAUAGUUUC